AUGUCCAAGAGGCGGGAACAAGAGGCCCUGAACUUGCAGGUAGACAAGCUGGAGGAUCAGGUGAGGGGAGAUGCAGAGGAACUUGAAGAACUUAGAAAAAGUGUCAAUGACCUGGUGCAAAUUCGAGCAGACCUUCAAACCAAGUUAGAUGCUGCAUCCAGAGAGCUCAGUCAGAGGGAGAAGGACAAUGAGAAUUUGGCUACGAAGGUUAAAGAUCUAGAUGCCAACCAACUUCAUCUUACCAAACAGCUGGAAGACAGCUGUGCUGAGGUUGAAAGACUAUUUGCAAUGACAGCAGAGAAGCCAUGCUCAAAGACAGAGGUGCAAACAGAAUGGAAUGUGAAUGCCCAGGAGCUGGAACUAAAAGCUGCAAAGGAAAAGCUGACUGUUCUGCAGGAUGCAGAGGGCAAGUUCAUGGAACGAAUUAUGAUGCUUGAAGAACAUGAGCAGCAGCUUAUUGAAAAGUUAGAGGCAUUCACAGCACAAAACCAAGUAAGAAAUACUUGUGAGAAGCAUACUGAUGUAUGUGAUCUUCUAUCAAACUUGGGGUGUGAUCUAGGGGAGAUAAAACCUUGUAUACCUGAUAUGGUUGAUGCUUCUGUAGACACUUCUGGUCUUCAAAUUACUGAGGAAAACCCAUAUGAUCUGUUGGAACAAAUCAAAGAGCUGAAGGCAAGCAAUGAGAGACUAAAUUUUGAUUUGCAGGAUGCUGCUGCAAAACAACCACAGAUAAAGCAUUUAUCUGAUAAAGUGAGGCUUUUAGAGCAAGCAGAAGACAAACUGAUGGAAAGAGUGAUGGAGUUAGAAGAGACAGAAGUCACCCUCCGCACUCAAGUGGAACGGUUAAAGAGAAAGGCAGAAAGUGCCAAUGAACUAGAAGAAGAGUUGAAUGCUUUGUUGCUUCAGGAGGACGAAAUGAAAGAAAAAAUGGAUGCUUUAUCUUUGGAAAAUUCCACGCUCAAGGAUAAGGUUGAAUAUUUAGAAAACAGCCUUGCUGAGAAACAGUCAAAAAGUGCAGAACUCUCUAACCUGCAGAAUUCUAAUCAGAGUGAAAUAGCUGAACUCACAAAAAAACUCAAAAUAUCUGAAACUAGACUGAAACAGACAUGCUCAGAAUAUGAGGAAACACUGUCUGCAAUAGAGAGGAGAGAAGAAGAUGCCAAAAAGCAGUUGGAAGUGCAAAGUCAAUGUGAGCAAGGUCUGCGUGAAAAGGUGAAUGUGCUUACUGAGGAGAUGAAUGAUGUGUGUGAACGAUACAAGGACCUUGAGCAGGAAAACUCUCGUCUCAAGCAACAGCAUUCCAAAACUCUCUCAGAACUGAAGGAAGCUGAAGCACAGUGCUUACAUCUGAUCAGCAAGUCUGCAGAACCCACUAUACAGGCAGUGCAGUAUCAGUCUGUGUCUUAUGUUCCAAAGGAUUCUGGCAUAUUUAUGCCUGUGCAGUCCUCCUUGGAGAGUCAGAAGCCACCAAUGUGUUCAGGUGUUUCUGCAGAAACUGUGCUGUCUUCUGCAAGUGAUGGUGCUCAUAGACAAUCUCAAAGAAAAGUUUUUGAGUCUAGAGACAACUGGCACCCAGUUAGAGAUGGUCAGAAUGAGAAAUGGUUUUCAGAACCGGAGUCUCAUCAGACAAAGCAUAGCAGCUUGUUUUUAGGUGCCAUCUUAGAACCUCCCAAAUCAGAAACCUUAUCCAAACACAUCGAACCUGUCCUAUCCAGUGUAUCUCCUUCCGUCACCACCCAACAACCAGUGAAAGUGCUUACGCUUCAUGAGGCUCUACAGGAAAAUGCCUUACUACGAACUGAGCUGCAGCAGCUCCAGGAACAGCUUGCACAUACCAGUCCUUCAACUGUUGCCAGUACUCAGCCAACAAGAGUCCACAACUUGGAGGGUGGCCUUGGUCACACAGGCUACCGUUCUGCAGAUGUGCUACGCCUGCAGGCUGAAAUUGCAGCCUUGAAGACUCAGGUGAAAGAACUGGAGGGGGAGCUACAAGGAGCUGAGGAAAAUGUGCAGGAUGUUGUUAGGACUGUCGUAAGGACAAAGUCUGUACGCACUCUCAGACAAAAGGUUGAGAUGAUCAAGAGAACAGUUCUUACUAAGGAAAGCCUCUCUUCAACACUCAACCAGGAGCUGGUCGAACUGCUGACAUCACAGGCAGAAAUGCAGGAACAGAUUGCUAAAAUGAUGGAAACAGAGAAACACCUCCGCUGCAAUAUUUUGUUGUAA